AUGCUCUUACUUAGAUCUCGGGAGUUCAUAUUCGGCAAGACCAGUAUGAAGUCUUGCAAGAUGGACAUGGUAGGCACGAGCGUGAUGAAUAAGUUCAAGGAGCAGCUCGUGUUGAGGUACGGCAGUUUGAGCAACGCUUGGCGGUACAGUUUGGAUGUGGAGGGAGACGGGAAGAUACCUUUUACGAAGUUCUGUCGGGUAGCUAGAGAGUUGAACUUCACUCGCAGUGUUAAGCAGUUGUGGCGGCAGCUGGACGUCCAUCAGACGGGUUUCAUUACUCUCUCUUCACUCGAUGAGGCAGCUAGUCCGGAAUGA